CAUUCUACUACUUCUAUUUACUGAAAGACAACAAAUUCUAUCGUAAAAUGUUUCCAUUAGUCAACCGCGAAAGUCCAGAUUCAUUCCCAGACCCCCACCACCCUCCUCGUAUUCAAAUCAACCACCAUAGGGUAGCCGAAGACGCGGACCUAGCGAGUUGUAAACUAGCCAAGGAGACCUUUCAAUUUGCUGUCCCUCGAUCAAACACAUCCUGGAAGUCUCUUCGACAUUUCUCCGCUUCUGAUGUCUCCUCAGAGGAAUCGUCUGGGCGGAGCUCCAUCGUGGAGCGCGAGGAACCCCCGGCGGCCGAGUUCUUCGAACCAGCUGCUCAACAUCAAUAUUAUCGCCGCCCUACCCGUCUGGGUGAUAUCGAAGUAAUUGAAGAGGUUUCAGAGGAGCCUAGCUUGCAGUCUGAUUCAGGACGUGAAUACGCUUCAGGUUCACUUCCGAGUUCUACGCACCCACCUUCAAUCCCUUUCGCGCAUCCAACUCCUUUGCUCCGUCAUCCAACUAACGGUCGAAUGGAGCAGCCUGAUUCAUCUUCGUCUCAAUCCGAUUCCUGUGAAACUUCUAAUUCGAUUCGCCCUCCGCCUUCCUCCUCCGCUCAAUCACAGCGCCAAACGUCUCAACCCACACCGGAUCCGCAAGACCACGAACAGCGGAUAUUCCAUUUCACAUAUGAUACCUUCGCUCGAAAACACCUCAGUCGACUUGUCGAAGAGAUCGACGGAUUUUCUUCAGGCUCCCUACUACAUGACGGCUCACCUAAAAUUCACGCUUUGAUAGGAUCUCCAGGAGAGGUUCCAUCCUCUAAUGUCAGCCGAUCUAGUCGUGGUCUGGCUCAUUCCACACCCCCUACUACCAGUCUUUAUGCCGGUCGGACUCCUUUUCGCCCGUUGCAACUACCAACGUACAGCCAACGCGUCAGAGAAGAGGCGGCCUGGCACGCCAGCUUUCUCGAACCCAACGCUUACGCAGCUGAAAGCCUUUGCGGACCUGGUCACCACUUCCUCGACGCAGACAAUGAUGAUGAGAAGAGCACAUCCUUUGAUCGCCAGGCUCAAUUUGCUGCCACUGCUCCUGCCAGAAGCAGUAAGCGUAUCAGGCUUCUGUCUUCUCUUCCUUCUUCAACACACCUUCAUGUUGCGCCCUCUCUCAACACAAGCAGGUUGAAGGAUUCAGUGAUCAUCGCAAGCGAGCGAAAGACCAAACGUCAUCUCCCUACUGAUGUGCACAACCCAACUAUGGGGAUGCCUUCAGUGACUGAUGCCGAACAACAGCCUGCAACUCGUGAUCGAUUGGCCGAAGCACGCGCACUGAUGGAUCGCAUCCGUGCCAAGAAUAUAUUGCCACCACCUGUCACAACUACACAAAAGUCAGACCAUGUUGAUUCGAGUAGCUCUCUGGCUGAUGACAGUCAAUCUCACCACCAAUUUGAGACCCCUAUGAACUCUCGUCCUCGUAACCCCACGCCUCACGCAGCGUCAUCGAUACCACGUCAAUGGAUAUCAUCUCCGGAAAGUCAGGAAGAUUGGGCGGGCGACAUUGAAGAGAAUGAGACUCAAUCUUGUGAGCAAGCUGGUGAAGGAAUCGAAGACUUGGUGGGAAAGUCUCAAGAUGAUCAAGUGUCUGAUUCGAUUGUCGAACAUGACGAUGAAAGGCUCAUUGCCGAAGAAGACGAGGAUUUUGCAUGGACUAUCGUGAGUGACACCUCUGCCAAAGGUAUGAAAGAUCCUGCCCAAAUUCACCCAAAGCAAGUUGAAGAGCGAGAUGAAGCGGAUUCGAUACACGAUGAAUGUUCUAGUACCCGUAUCCGAUCCUGCGGCAGUUCUACAUCCGAAUCUUUUGUCCAGCAGAGUCCAUCACUCGAUGCCGUACACGAACGACUCGCAUCUACUGCUGCAGCUUCAUUACGCCAAGCUCUUCUCGACUCAGCACAUCCUGCUAGUCGACCAUCGGCAGGAGUACAUCAGUCUAGGCGAAGUCCCCUUGGUUCUGGCAGAUCGGUGGCUUCCUUUGCUGCCCCUGGUAGUGCUACUCGCCGGCAUUUUGCAACGCAGCCUAUCCCGUGUCAUGAACUCGUCACUGAUGCGAAGGUUGGGAUGAAUAUUGGAAAAUCAGCGCAUAUGUUGUCAUCUUUACGAGCUCGGCCGGUAGGAUCAUUCGACCGCCAUACUUCUGGUACCGGUUCCACCUACACACUAUCAAGUACAACCACCAACACUAAUCAGGCUCACAAACCGAUACUCAUGACUAUCGGUCCAGCAGAUGUUGAAGACCUUUUGCAGCAAGAGCGAGUAGGUGGAAUGAUAUUUGAUGCAACUCAAAAGAGAUGGCGGCGGUGUGGUGUUGAAAAACAGCCGGUGGAAGGAAAAAGGAGCGAAGAUGUUGGCAGUGAAGCAGAAGAAGAAGAAGAAGAUGUGUUUAAAGAUAUCGAGAGUCUCAAUAGCCGUGGGCUGACGGAUGAUCAGGUGUCUCGUCGGCAAGAGGAAGAUGAAGCUGAUGGCCGAUGCAAAGAGGACAAUCAUCAACGUGAGCCGACAACGACAGAUGGAGGUAUGUUUGACGCCGCAGUGCAACAUAAUGAGCCUAGGACGGCAUGCUCAAACUUCAAGGUCGCUCAACACUUACCUUUUGUCGAUAAUCACUCCACACCGGCUACGACCACCCGACCCAAGUCUGCAUUGAAGUCUCGACUCGGCGCAACUCGAGCGCCUUCUCCCAUACCAAAUGAAGAGGUGGUGAUCGAACAUAGUACUAGACCUAACCGAUCUGUCAGUUUUCAGGACGGGAGAAAGAACGGUAAAAUUAUCGGAUUGGUUGAUCAACCUCGUUUGGUUCAUGAUCCUGACGGCACAACAGAUCAAGACGCUUUCAAGUCGAUUGCGACCACAGCUGAUGAGAUUUCAACACGUACACGUCGUAUUGGGGCCGCGCUUGAUGAACUUAUUGGAGUAGGUGGAAUGAAGCCGGGGGAUACAUCAAUGAUCUCGCUUGGCUCGACCACUAAGAAAGUCAGACCAAAGAAUGGUCAAAGAAAAGUUUCAUCAGGUUCAUCGGGUGGUGGUGGCCAAGCGGAACGAACAUUCUUGACCGAUUGUUCCUUUGGAAUGUCACGGGAAAAAUUAUUGAAGCUGAUCACCGAUAUUGAACCCUAUGAACCUAUGUGGGACCAAUUGAAAGUAGUAGAUCUGUCCGGCAAAAGAAUCGAGUCCGUGGUCAAAUUGGAUGAGUUCUUGCCUAAGCUAGAUCAAGUAGAUCUGUUGAGUCUUCUCGUCUAUUCUCAUGUUAGAUCGUCUGAGCAUUCGAAUCAGCUCGGUUUCUUGACUGGUCUUCCGGGCACAAUCAGAAUGCUAUUGGUGAACGAGAAUCGAUUGACCGAUUUGGUUUCCUUUGGACAUCUUUUGAAUCUUGAAAGAUUAGACUUGAGCAAGAAUGGGUUGACUAGUCUUGAACAAAUAUCUGGAUUGAAGCAUUUACGUGAAUUGAAGGUUGAUGAUAAUGAGAUUGUGAGUUUGGAAGGAUUGGCAGCUUUGGACGGACUUACAAAGCUGAGUGUAAAAGGUAACAAAUUGAAAAACGUUCAUCUUGAAGGAUUUGCAUGGCCUCGAUUGGAAGUUUUGAAUUUGAGUCGGAACCAGAUUCGAGAGAUAAGUGGCUUGGAAGGGUUGCACUCGAUGUAUUCUUUAAAUCUUGAUCAUAAUGAUUUAUAUACAUUAUCUGCACCACAACAAUCAAUGUUGGGUCUGAGAGUGUUGAGGAUAUCAGAUAACCACAUUGAGAGUGUUGAUAUCUCAGCAUUUACGAACCUGAGAACGAUUUAUGUGGAUCAUAAUGAUUUGAUUGAGAUAAAAGGCGCGGAACGAUUAAGGAAAUUGGAAAAUUUGAGUGCUCGUGAUCAACAUGGCGGAGAACUUUCUUUGCCGAUGAAACAGUUCAGAGACGUAAAACGGCUUUACCUAGGUGGAAAUCCGAUCCCAAGUGCUUUUCCAUCUCAACGAUUCUAUAACCUAGUCUACCUCGAAUUGGCAAUGUGUCAAUGCAAGACCUUACCGAGCGAUCUAGCCAAGGUGAUGCCGAAUGUACGAAGUGUGAACUUGAACUAUAAUUUCUUAACCGACUUGGACGCUUUAGUGGGAUUAACUAGACUUCAAAAACUUACAGUCGUAGGAUCCAGAUUAAAAGAGUUUGGCAGAAGAUUAAUCAAAGUCUUGGAAAGUUUACCUGAACUUGAAUUAUUGGAUUUAAGGACGAAUCCAUUCUGUUCAUCAUUCUAUGCACCACUUUUAGCCGAAUUAGGAACCAAUAAAUCACCACAUCUGAAUCAAUAUGAGAUUAUUGCUAGUAGUGCCAAUAGUAGUACACCAUGUAUGCCUAAAUCACAACAAUGGAAUUCGAUGGAUGAAAGAUUUCGAAAAGCAUUACCUAAUGAAUAUUAUUUAAAAAGAACUACCUAUAGAGCCUUGGUGAUUGGAACAAAUUUAAAAUUAAAAGUUUUAGAUGGAUUAUAUAUUGAUGAACCUGAAAGAAAGAAGAUGGGUAAGUUUUUAAGAGGAUUAGGUAGAAAGAUAGAAUCCAGUAAUCAUAACCAUCCAAAGAAAGUGGAAAAUAAUGAAAGUCAAAUUCAAGGAAUUGAAAAAGUAGAGGAAAAAAGUUGUGUGGGGUUUAGUUCUUUGAUUGCUUCUGCUAAUGCUCGAGAUUGAGGGAUAGUUUGGAAUGAUGUCGUCUUUUAAAGUUUCAAUAGAUUGAUAUAUAAUAGUUCUAAGGACUGGUUUCUGGGAACAAAGUUGAUGUUCUCUCUUGAUUUCAAAUUCCGAUGUAUAAUGUUUUCUUGAUAUUUCUUAUUUCACUUUGGUCUUUCUUUAGUCUUUCUUGUCAUUAUGAUUCAUCAAACUUUUUUUUGUUAGGUAUUGUAAUGAUCUAAGAUUUCUCAUUUAAACUAAAAUUAGGAUUUGUAAGGGGUUUUUUUGUUUGCUUGUAAUCCAUUUCACACAUUCAUUUUUCUUACUAGGUAUAUAAUAUAGAAGGAAAAAGAAAGAGACUUCUAAACUCACAAUCUUUCGUUAUGUUUUUCUUUUUUUUGCUUCAAAGAUCAAUUGUCCUUCUUUUUGGGUGUUUUAUCUCUUCUUGGUUCGUUUCUUAUCUUCGUGUCUGUUCUUUCUUUGUAUGGGGCUUCUUGCAAAACUAAAUGUGUAAUACCCAAAAAAAAAUCAAUUAAACCUUAAAAUGAAUUUAAUAAGUACUUCUUUUGAUUGUAUCUCUUCAACCAAUGUUUUUCUUUUCUUGUGUGUGUUUUGUUGGGAAAUGAAGAAUUAGGAAUCGUUUGAUUUGAUUUUUGAG